AUGAAGCAGCUCAUCAAAUCCGCCCCGGCCACGCAGUGCAAAUGCCCGCCACGUUCUGCGCAACACCAUACCGAUUCUUCGUUUUCGUUAACUAGAACCGCCAAUGUCCCUCAGGACAACCCAUCCUUGCUGUCUCAAAUCUCGCAUCAUUUACUUGCAGAGCUGGAUCCCAGACGUGCCGAUGUAAUCCUUAUUAUUUGUGGAUUCGUUAGCGGCCUUGUUGAUGGUUUGUCUUUCAAUGCAUGGGGCAGCUUUUCGAGUAUGCAGACAGGAAAUACUGUUUUCAUUGCCUUGGGUGUAUCUGGUCAGCCAGAAUAUCCGGCAUUCCUUUGGGCAAAGUCACUUAUCGCCUUGAGCGUCUUCUUGUUGAGCAAUGUCUUCUUCAUCCACCUAUGCCGCGCACUGAAUCCUCUUCGACGGUCGACUCUCAUCCUUUCAUUCGGACUACAGACUGCCGCCCUCAUUGUCGCCGCUUUCGUGGUUCAAACGGGGAUUGUCAGCCCUAGGCCAGAAGACCCGCGAGCGCCGAUUCAGUGGAAUCAGAUAAUACCCAUUACACUUCUUGCAUUUCAGGCUGCAGGCCAAAUUGUUGCCUCUCGUCUUUUGGCCUUUGAUGAAAUUCCUACUGUCGUGCUCACUACUCUACUGUGUGAUUUACUGGUAGAUACCAACCUCUAUACCCGGCCGUGGUCAGCCAAUCCAAAGAGAAACAGGAGAAUCGCCGCCUUUCUCGCCCUAUUCAUGGGCGCCAUGACGGCAGGUGGUCUUUCAAAGACUACGGGUAUGGCAAGUAGCUUGUGGUUGGCUGUCGCAUUGAAAAGCUCCAUCACGCUCUCGUGGUUUGUUUGGAAGGACAGCUCCGGUGCGAGAGAGAAACGAGGCACAAGAAGCCCAGUGUAG